AUGAAGAGAGACUUAGCUCAUAACUUAUUAUUCUCACUUGAUAAAUUUGAUGAUUGGAAAAUUCGCAUGCAGGUCUAUUUAUCUGCUUUACAUGAUGAGAUGUGGGAAGUGAUUUCUGAUGGUCCGAUUAAAAUUCUCAAAGUCAACCCAUCAUCAGAACAAUCAAGCACUACACCAUCUUACAUCUCAAAACAAAAAGUUGAAUGGACUCCAGAGGAUAGAAUACGAAAUAACUUGGAUAAUAUUGCAAUGGAUAUUUUGUUCAAAGCUAUCGAUGACGCAACUUUCCCGAGGGUCCGAAAAUGCAAAACUGCGAAAGAAGUAUGGGAAGUUCUCAUCAAGAUAGGUGAAGGAGAUGAACAGGAGAAGGAAAAUAAGCUCACAAUUGCACUAAAGAAAUUCGAAGACUUCAAGAUGCAAAGUGGCGAGACCAUUGCAGAUAUGGAAGCUAGAUUUAUUAAAAUCUUGGGAGAAAUUGUCGAUCUAGGCUAA